AUGAAUGAAGAAUUGAUUAGGCAGUUUUUGGAGCAGGUAAAGAAAGAUAAAUUCAAUAUAAAAAAUAACAUCAGGGUAACCACUGAUUUUUUAAGUGACAAGCCUUUCUUAAAUGAUAGUGUAAAAAAUAGCUCAUCAGAUUCAGAUGACAAGUUUUUGGAUGCUUUUGAAAAUUUUGCCGAGUUAGUUUGCCCAAAAGUUGAUGCCGGAGAACUUAAAUGUAUGCAUAUGAUGAAACCUGUAAAAGAAAAAAAAUCAAGAGAUUCAUACAAAGAGAAAUUAAAAUAUGAAAAAGUUAAAGAGUCAAUCAAACCUGAAUAUCGAUAUAAACCAGAAAUAAGGCAAAAUUACUAUGAAACAGGAAUCUCAAUGGCAGAGUCUUUAAAAACUAUGCGUGAAUUACGAAACAGAGAAGAAGAGCUGAGAAGAGAAUACAAAAAGUUUUAG